UAAACUAAAGAGAAGAAGAAAAAGAAGCAGAAGAAGGAAACACUAAGCAGACGCUUGAGUUGUAACUAGAGCGCUUCUCUAAAGUCAAGUCAGGCAUAAACAUGGACAACUUCUGUCUGGACAGUUUUAUCCUGAAGCUUCAUGAUGUGAACGCGGUGAAGUUCGGCGAGUAUAAAAUGAAGAGCGGCAUGAUGACGCCUAUUUACGUCGAUUUGAGGGUACUUGUGUCCCAUCCGCGCCUCAUGAACCAGGUAUCAAUGCUCAUGUACCAGAAAGUUCAAGAUGAAGGGCUUCAGUUUGACUCUAUCUGUGGUGUUCCAUACACAGCCUUGCCUAUGGCCACUAUUAUAUGCUCCAAAAAUGAACUGCCACUGCUUAUCAGACGUAAGGAAGCCAAGGACUACGGGACCAAGCGUAUGGUGGAGGGCUCAUUUAAAGAUGGAGAUACUUGUCUAAUCAUUGAAGACACGGUGACCACUGGCAGCAGUAUCAUGGAAACGGCUGAAGUGCUGUACAAAGAAGGGCUGAAGGUGACAGAUGCCAUUGUGCUGAUGGACAGAGAGCAAGGUGCUGUGGACACGUUGGCGUCAAAGGGAGUCCGGCUCCAUCCUAUCAUCUCCAUGUUCAAGCUGCUCAAUGUGCUUCAGGCCUCUGAACGCAUUGACACAGAGACGGUCCAGAAAGUGCGCAAGUUCAUCUCGGACCACAACACUUUUAGACCCAAUGAGGAUAAUGGACAAUAUGUCCCGGUAUCAAAGAAGCAAUGUGUGGAACAGGAGCUGACCUAUGAAGCCAGAGCCAAACUGCCAAAUGUUCAGCCUCUAGCAUCAAAGCUAUUGACAGUCAUGGCAGAGAAGCAGUCCAACCUGUGUGUUUCUGCUGAUGUUACAAGCACUGAGGACCUGCUCCACCUGGCAGAUACUCUGGGUCCAAAGAUUUGCCUCCUGAAGACCCACGUCGACAUCCUAAAGGAUUUCUCUGUGGCCUUCAGCCAGAAGCUGCAGGCUGUCGCUGAGAAGCACAAUUUCUUAAUUUUUGAAGAUCGCAAGUUUGCUGACAUUGGGAAUACAGUCAAGCACCAAUAUGAAGGUGGUUUGUACCAGAUUUCUUCAUGGUCCCACAUAGUGAACGCUCAUGCAGUGCCAGGACCAGGCGUAGUGAGCGGCCUGGCUUCUGUCGGGAGACCCCUGGGCCGAGGCUGUCUGCUCAUUGCACAGAUGAGCUCGCAGGGCUCGCUGGCGACUGGCGAGUACACGAAGGCUGUGGUGAAAAUGGCUGAGGAACAUUCAGAUUUUGUGAUGGGCUUUAUCUGUGGUUCGAAGAUCACAAAGAGGCCUGAGUUCAUCCACAUGACCCCUGGGGUACAAAUGAAGGCUGGAGCAGAUAUUCUGGGCCAGCAGUACACCACUCCAGAGGACGUGAUCUACAACAAGGGCUCCGAUCUCAUCAUUGUUGGCAGAGGAAUCCUCGAGGCGUCUGAUAGGCUUGAAGCUGCUGAGGGUUACAGGAAGUCGGGCUGGGACGCUUACACCAGGAGGAUGGGUCAGGGUUGCCAAUAGGAGAGCAACAUUCGUACCACAACACUGGGGGUUUUUUUGGUGCAGAUAUCCAUAAUCACCAUUUGUUUAUUUCCAAUGUGGAUUCAAAAAUGUGUUUGUGUGUGUUUCGGCAAACCUGACUGGGGGUAGUUCAACAUGUUGCACACUUUGCUAAAAUCUGCUCAAUCCAAUUCUCUUCUUUGCAGCUGUUGACAGGUUUGAAACAUUCCAUUUUACUAUCUUGGCAGUAUUUCUUUGUCCUUUACCUUCUUGCUUCCCAUUGAACGUGGCCAUUUACACAGAGACUUGUCAUACAAUCCAAGGUCUUUGGCUCCAGUUCAAGUAGUCAAGAAUAUAUGGUCAGUAAUGUUCUACAUCAUACCGUCUUUGUAUUUUCAUUUCAUCUUGAACCCAUCGGUUACUUUUCAUCGAUGGAAUAAACAGUAACAAUGGAAAUGUUUGUUCCCCCUGCAGCACAGUUCAAGCUGCUUUCAAUGACGUACUCUACAAUGACUGGCCCACAAGGAAUUACUUUUUAUAUGCAAACAAUGUUUUUGUAAAACCUGCAAUAAAUGUUGCGUAUGUUUUCUGUUUCUUUAGCCAACUGACAUGCAGAUAAACUGCCUCAUCUGCCUCUCUUUUUGCAUGUUUUCUGCAUUUUGCCACAUUAAAAUAAAAUAAAAAACUGUUAUUCUC